CCCUGUAUGGAAGGGCCUUUUAGGACCUGUAGAUUGUCUUGUUAAGACAGUGGAUAUUUCAAAGAGGAAGUAGAAACCCUUUCUAACAAACUACAAACCACAACAACAGAUUGCCAUCUUCAGUUGAUGUGAAAUUUUUCUGUUGCUCAUCCCCUUUGCUUUUUUCUGCUGGAGUUUUAUUUGAGGUUGACGAGCUUUUCAUUUGAAAAAAGAAGCUUGCUGGUCGAGAUUUUUCCCAGUGUAUUUAUAGUUUAAACUUAAGUUUGUAAGAUAACCCACAUCAAGAAUCCUUAUUUAUCAGUACACAAUUCCUUUUUUUGUGGUCUUCGCCUCGGGGAGGAAUGUCUGAAAGCAAUAGCAGCAGCAAAGCAGUGAAAUUCAUUGCUCCGGCCCCCCCUCCUCCCUCUGCCUCCCUCCAUCCCUCACCUCAGACCCCCCACAAGAAUGUGAACGGCUCUGCCAGUUCAGACACGCACGUGGUGGAGAAGCUCGAUGGACACCCAGAGGUCCAACGUCGACGCCACACGAUGGAUAGAGACUCCAAAACAGCAGAGCACCGAUUCUUCCGUCGAAGCGUCAUUUGUGACUCCAAUGCCACGGCUUUGGACCUGCCCAGCAAAGCAGCUGUGAUACUCACCUCGCCUCCUGACUGUGAAGGGUCUUCCACCUCGUUCCCUCCGCAGCCCUCAGGGCCUGGACCUGGGGCACAAGACGCUGACAGUCAGGAUGCACUAAAAGAUCCCUAUUUGCAAUGUACAACCCUGCAGCCUGUUAUUGGGCUUGGUGGGGCAGUUGCAGAGGGGCAAAUACAAAAUGCUGAGAAAGAUUUAAGUGCAGGCGUUGUCACAGUUGGUGUACCCGCCAGUAGCAGUGUUGAACAUAGUGGAGACAGGGCAGUAAAAGAGCCCAGCCCGACAGUAUUGGAUGUUACCAACAAAACAGUAGAAAAACAGCCUGAAGUCACGUUGCGUCCCAGAGGGUCAGAGGUCACGCAAGAGGUGGCAAAAGACAGAAAAGCGACAGAACAGGUGGAUGAGGGUAGCAUUAGUAGUCCGAGCGAGGAGAAGGAGAGGGAGAAUGAGUUAGCGAAAGCACGGGCGGAGCAGCGAGAGGCCGAGAAACGAGUGCAAGACGAUAUAGAGGAGGUGGAGACAAAAGCUGUAGGGACUUCACCCGACGGACGCUUCCUGAAAUUUGACAUCGAGAUUGGAAGAGGGUCCUUCAAGACCGUGUACAAGGGACUGGAUACAGAGACUACUGUGGAAGUGGCAUGGUGUGAGCUACAGGAUCGCAAGCUGUCCAAGUCGGAGCGCCAGCGCUUCAAAGAGGAGGCCGGGAUGUUGAAGGGUCUCCAGCAUCCUAACAUUGUCCGCUUCUAUGACUCCUGGGAGGGACCAUGUAAAGGAAAGAAAUGUAUUGUUCUGGUCACUGAGCUCAUGACAUCUGGCACGCUUAAAACCUACCUGAAGCGUUUCAAGGUGAUGAAAAUCAAAGUUCUGCGUUCAUGGUGCAGACAGAUCCUUAAAGGCCUUCACUUCCUACACACCAGAGCUCCACCCAUCAUUCACAGAGACCUGAAAUGCGACAACAUCUUUAUCACUGGGCCAACGGGGUCAGUCAAGAUAGGAGACCUGGGGUUAGCCACACUGAAGAGGGCCUCCUUCGCCAAGAGUGUCAUAGGCACCCCAGAGUUUAUGGCUCCAGAGAUGUACGAGGAGAAGUAUGAUGAAUCUGUAGACGUCUACGCCUUCGGGAUGUGUAUGCUGGAGAUGGCUACCUCAGAGUACCCCUACUCUGAAUGUCAAAACGCUGCCCAGAUCUACAGACGAGUCACUAGCGGAGUGAAGCCUGGCAGUUUUGACAAGGUAGCCAUUCCUGAGGUGAAGGAAAUCAUAGAGGGAUGCAUCAGAACAAACAAAGAUGAGAGGUAUGCUAUAAAGAUCCUGCUGAACCAUGCUUUCUUCCAAGAGGACACGGGAGUCAGGGUUGAACUGGCAGAAGAGGAUGAUGGGGAAAUGAUUGCAAUCAAGCUCUGGCUCAGGAUAGAAGACGUCAAGAAGCUCAAAGGAAAAUACAAAGACAACGAAGCCAUCGAGUUCUCCUUUGACCUGAACAAGGAUGUCCCUGAAGAUGUGGCCCAGGAAAUGGUUGAGUCCGGCUAUGUUGCCGAGGGUGACCAUAAGACCAUGGCCAAGGCUAUCAAGGACCGUGUGUCGCUGAUCCGGAGGAAAAGAGAACAGAGACAGCUGGUACGAGAGGAGCAGGAGAAGAGAAAAUUGGAGGCAGAACAACUACAGCUGCAGCAGCAACAACAACAACAACAACAACAACUUUCAUGUCUCCAGGCAGAGGCAGAGGAGACUGAAGUGGAACAGCAACAGUUCCACUAUCAGCAGAGCGGCAUCUCGCACACAUCUGAAGGAGGCAUGGACAGCGGCCAGGGUUCCUCAGUUUUCUCCUCAGACUCUCCCCACCUGGGUCAGCUGACCAUGUCAUACAGCUGCCCCCCCUCUUCCCAACCCCCCUCCCAGCCCCAAACCCCUUACCCCUCCACCCCCUCUGCUACCCUGCAGCAGCACCCAGCCUACGCUCAGCCACCGCAGCCAAUGCCUGCGUCGCGCCGUCGUCGAAGUCGUAGCAUGUCUGUUUGCGUCCCCCCCUCCUCCUACUCCUUUUCCUAUGUUCCUCCGCCCCCAGUUGUUCGUCCAAAGCAGCCUUCCACCCCUCCUCCAGACCUGUCCUCCUCAUCUUCCUACACCACCACCUCCCCCUGCAUGCCUCUCACAGCUGAGAGGGACACAUUCGCUGGGCGCCUCUCCAAAGCCCUGGAGACAGUCCUACCCCUUCACUCUGCCUCCUCUCUGCCCAGGGCCAGGCAGCGGAGGGCCAGCCUACCGGCCCUGUUCUCCACCCCUCAGCAUUCAAUGCCACACCCCUACAGUGGAGGAGCAAGCACAGGAGGAGGAGCAGGAGGGAGCAUCCCCCUCCAAACUCUCCCCGACCCCCCUUCUAUUUUCUUCCCCUCCAUCCCCGAACGCCCCGUUUCCUUCUCGCCACCUCCCACUGGCCCUCCAAAGGCCUACAACACCCAACGACGCAAGAGCACAUCCAUUCUCGAGGCACAUACCCGACACUUCCAGCCUGCCUACACUCGGUAUGGGAGCAGCCUGCACCCCUUUUCUGGGAUGGAGACUGUUGACACCCCCUCUCUCUUCAUGGUCAAUCCUGGCUUUGCAGCAGCUGCUCAGAGACUUGGCGUUGGGGAACCUAUGCAUCACCCAGGACAAUCUGACGCAAGUUUGUAUGGCUAUAAAGACAUGAGGGCAGAACACGAGGAAGCAGUGAGGAGAUUAAGUCUAAAUCAAGCUGCCCUAUUGGACCAUUAUGAAGCAAUGGCGUAUGGAGGAUACCCAAUGACUGCACACCAGCUUGGUCACUUGAGUUUCCAUCAGCAGAGACAAGCUGCAGCUGCGGCUGCGAGUUUGGGCUUUGACCCAGGACCUCCACCUCAACCAGGAUUCUUGCACUCACACCUCAUGCAAAGAAUGAGUGCACACAGUCCGAUCCCUCCACCUUUACCUUCUAUGAAUGCAUCUACUGGUGGCUCUGUGUCUUCUUCAUCAUCUGAUGGAUGCUAUCCGCCACCACAGCAUGCCUCCUCUUCCACUUUUCCUAUUUCUGCACCUCCAGUAAUGGCUGAUGCCCCACCGUCUACUGGAAGUGUAUUUGAAUUUCAUUUAGCUGCAGCCGCUGCAGCUGCUGCUGGUGACCCAAGCGUCCUUGCAUCCAGGCUUUACCGGGCCCGAAGGAGCUCUAUGGACCUCCCUCUAGACGACAGCACUGGAACAGGAUCAGGUGGCUCUGGCACAUACAGUCGACUCCAGCCAGUGACAGAAGAGCUGUACACAUAUCUCAGUCCUGAGCUCCCCUUACCUCCAGGAAGUCUUCUCCUUCAUCACACAGGUGUAACCAUCAAAGACAGAAGCCCAGAACCAUCUAGUGACUCUCUGGCCUCCUCUGAUGCAGGAGAGUUCCAGUCACCUCCUCCACCACCUCUCCUCCCUCAAUUCGACUUCUCAGCCGCUCAGUCCAUCCCUCACUCGUCCUCCGUUACGUUCUAUGAAUCAUCAGGGGGAGUGCCUCCCAUAGACACCCAUGGACAUCCACCCUCCAUGCAGACCUUUCUCCCUCCCACUCCAUCGUCCGAGCUCCCACUUGGGGGAACAUCAUCAACUCAGCUGGAGUCUCUGAUCCAAAGUGUCUGGGCACGACAUGGAGGGGUGGUACCAGCCCAACCUGAUAUGACAUACCAUGAGUCAUUGCUGGCCAUGCAGGCCACUAACCCCACACUGGUUCAAGCUUCUACCCCCCAGCAAAGCACCGGACCCCCUCUGGGCACCGCCACCUCCCAGCCAGCUGCCCCUGGAACCCCCCAGCAGGUUAUGUCGUCCAGUCAUUCUAACAGUUCAUCAGUUCAGAGCCCCACCCACGCGUCCCUACCACCAACAUCUGCACAGCCCAGUGUCUCUCCGCCUACUUCUACCGUUUCCUUGGUGACCCCCCCUUCUCGGUCGCCAUCCCUUCCUGUUACCUUGUCGACAGCGAUCAUGGCUUCCCCUCCCUCUUCUCUGACACUCCCUGUUGGGGUGGUGCCUACUAUUGUUCCCCCUCCUCCUCCUUCUCCUGUGCCCACACCUGUGCCUCAGCCAAUGGCCACUGUGGUGCCUGUCAUCAGUGUGGUCACCGACCCGUCUGAUACUCCCAUGGAAGCCCCUCCCCAGGUACUGGUUGUGGACAGUCAAAGUCAUCAAUCUGCCUCCCAGUCUUCAGAGCUGUGCCAGUCCCAGCUACAGCCACCUCAAGUUCAGUCAUCUAUAGAGAGUGGCCACUCUGAGACUUCAGGUCUGAGUGACGGCAAUGAGGGAGGAGGGGGAGGUCGUCAUGAAGGGCGCUCCACCAAGCGACACCAGAGACGAUCUGUUCGCAGUCGAUCACGCCAUGAGAAGACCUCCAAGGCGAAACUCAAUGUUCUCAAUAUCUCCAAUCGAGGAGACAGGGUAGCAGAGUGUCAGCUGGAGACCCACAACAGGAAGAUGGUCACCUUCAGGUUUGACCUAGAUGGAGACAACCCUGAGGAGAUAGCCCAUAUCAUGGUCCAGAGCGAGUUUAUCCUGGAGAGUGAGCGGGACUCGUUCAUCGAGCAGGUCAGAGAAGUGAUAGAGAAUGCUGAUGAGAAAGGCCUGGAGAGGGACGUAAACAGCAAGAUAGCAGGUGACAUGGCGCAACAGAUUCCUGCUAUAUCUGUCCCCAUGCCAGACAACCCUCCAGGUGAGACAGCACAAGUGGUUCACUCAGCAGGUCGCAAGUUCAUCGUCAGCCCCGUACCUGAAGCCAGGCUGAAGGAACCAGCCUUUCCCACCUGUCCCUCUCCUGCCCCUGCACCUCCUGUUGAAACAACUCAAGCUCCAUCUCAGACUCCAGGCCAAGGUUUGGGGUUGUCCCAGUCUGCGGGAGCGAUCAGCUUACAACAAGCAUUCACUGAGCUCAGACAAAACCAGAAUCUGUUUGACCCGGGACCUAGCACCGCCCCAGCCUCCAUCCACUCCGCCCAUCCUCUACAGACAGCAUCUUUACCUUUGCAGGCAAGCACCAUCAGUGGAUCUGCUCCUACUUUGGACCCUACUGCUGGACUUGUCCCUUCUAAUUUAAACCAGGCACAGGAGCAGGUCCUGGAUUCCUCCACUCCCUCGCCUUUACCUGCUGUCUGUCUCAGUCCUCCUUGUACCUCCUCCCCUCCUUCUACUAUGGUGAAUCAGUCCAUCCUUCAGUCACUGGUACUUUCACAGACACCCGUACAGGCUGUGUCCCAACCCCAGGGACAGGGGCAAGCACAAAUUCAGCCCCAGGCUUUCACACAGCCUCAGUCCCCAGCAACAGUUCCGGCUGUCAGUGCUACUUCAGUACCUUCCUCUUUACCACUGGCCAGCAUCCCUCCAACAAUGCUGACCUCCCCUCCUUCCUCCCAGACUGUUCCCCUUGUAUCAUCUCCUCCCUCCUCUUCCAUCCUUCCAGCCAGUGAAGUCCCCUCCGAUCAUCCCUCAGUCGCUCCCAUCUCUUCUGCUACUUCUCUUUCUUCCCCUGUCAUCCCCACGACUGCCAUCCCGGGCCCUCAGCUCACUCCCUCUGCUGCUUCCCAUCCCACUGCCCCUUCCUCUUCCUCCGCCUCCUCCUCUGUGGGGCUCCAGCCAGUGACCACCAACGUUCCUUCAGUCCAGCCAACCCUGGUGCACUCCCAGCCGCAGACAACAGCCUUGCCUGGACAGACACACGCUCAGUGUGGGGAAUGUGAUGCAAGGUGUGAGGCAUCUACUGAGUCCCAAGGCAAACCGGAUGAUAUCCAAGUUCUGGAGAAGAAGCUGCGGUCUCUCUUCAUGGAUCUUGGUGGAGGUGUGUCGUCCCCCCAGGGUGACCUGCUAGCUGCUGACCCUACCUCUGGAGCAUCUGUGGGAGGUACCUCAUCCCCUAUGGGCCCCUGCUCUACUUCCACCACCUCUGUCACCACACCCGGCUCCAGCCAACCAGCCAAUCCUCCUCAGCCCCCCUCCAGCCUAGCACUGGGGUCACUGGGGUCACCUGCCACAAUCCAGGGCCCCGGAACACCCAUCUCCACUCCUGCUCAGACUGUCAUCCCUGCCUCAUCCUUUGGCCAGACCACUCCAUCCAAAACUCCCUUAUCCAGGGUACCGGCCAGUUCUCCUCCUUCAGAACUCCUGCCAUCCUUCCCUGGACCUUGUCUAAUACAGUCCCAGCAACCUCUAGAGGACCUGGACGCUCAGCUGAGGAGAGCAUUGAGUCCAGAGACUGUUCCACACUCACAGGCUUCUCACAGUGGCAUGUCCUCAGCGGGACAAGCAAUUCCCUUCUCCCUGGAGGAUGACACUAUGUCCUCUCCUGCUCCUCCUCCUCAAGGUGGAAUUAAACUGGGGAGAUUUAAGGUUUCAUUGGCCACUGAAGAAACUCCAGUCCAACGUCCUGCCUGCACUGAAUCGUCCACCACCACCUCCUCUUCAUCUUCUUCCUCGUCAUCCUCCAGCCUCUCCAGCCCGGAGAACACACUGCACAAGGACUCCACAUCUCCUCUGAGAGGGGGAGGAGGACAAGGUGGAGAUGUUGUGGAUGGACUUCCCAAAAGAACUCUGGGAGGGUCUCACCAACCCUCCCCUUUCACCUCCCCCUGCCCCUCUCCCAAGCCCACCACUACCAUUGGACGCUUCCAGGUCACCACCAACACUGAGGCCCGUGUUGGCAGAUUCUCAGUCAGUCGGGCCCAGGAGCAGAGUCUCGAGUUCAGGCAGAGUCCUACUCCAGCUGCCCAGGCUGCUAACGGGCCCACUGAUCCCGGGCAGAGUCUGACUCCAGAUCCCACUCAUAAAACCUCUCUGCCGAGCCUAAACAACAACUCCUUCAAUAACUCCUACAUCAGUAGUGACAACGACUCUGAAUUUGAGGAUGAAGACUUCAGACGGGAAGUCAAUCGCCUCAGAGAUAAGCACAUGCGUGAGAUUCAGGCCCUACACUCCCGCCAGAAGGAAGAAAUAGACUGUCUUUUCACCAAGCUGGGAAAGGUCCCCCCAGCUGCAGUACUCCCUCCAGUUAUAACCUUGACUGGCAGGAGAAGACGACCUACCAAAAGCAAAUCCUCCAAAUCUUCCAGAACCAGCUCCACGCAUGGCAGCAAGAGUCCAUUACAGCAAGGCAGCACUUUAUCCGCCCAGAGCGUCCCAACCAUGUACCCCGGCCAGCUGGCUCUGUUAGCCCCAGGAGGAUUAGCCGAUUCAGGCAGCAGCACUCUGCUCCAGCCCCUCAAACCCUCUCCCUCCAGCGACAACCUGUGUUCGGCCUACACCAGCGAGGCAGCGCUCUCUGUGCCCAGCUUGUGUGCUCCCACCCCAGGCUGUGUAAAGUUCAGCUGGGGUUCGGAGCGUUUGGCCUUCAAGCCUGGCGGCAGGAGGACGCGCUUUCUGAGUACGCCCUGCUUGGCUCUUUGGAAGAUGGUGAAAAAAGUCUGCCCCUGCAACCAGCUCUGUAGGACCAAUAGCACCAACGCAGUGAGCGGUUCAGGCGGUUUGGGUCAGAGCCAAGGGGGCUCUCAGUGUCUACCCCCAAAUAUAUCAGCCCCCCACCAGAGGAAAGGAACAUUCACUGAUGACUUACAUAAACUGGUGGACAACUGGGCCAGAGAUGCCAUGAACCUCUCACAGGGUAAGAGGAGUGCCAAACAGCUGCAGCAGGCCCCGGCGCAGGGACACAGCUACGAGGCUAUCCAGUCAGCCAGUCUGGGCAGGAAGUACUCCGCUCCCAGCCAGCUGUGCCCGAGCAGCAUUGGAGGUUCCGCCCACCUCCCCACAAACCCCACCUCCGCUACCUCUAUGGCUGUCCGCAAGGGCUCUCUGUGCCACCCCCCCGCCUCUUCCACCCCACCCCAACCCCAACCUCCCCAGUUCAUCCACUACGCCCCCACCGCUGCCUACAGUGCACAAUGGUCUGGACCAGCUCACGGCCUGUCGAACCAACACCAGGCGCCGACCCAACCUGGGCCUCUGCUGGUCAGCACCUCCCAGCCCCUGGGCCCCUACCCCACCACAGUUGGAGGACAGGGCCAGAUAUCCGGGCAGGGCCCACUCCAGGCUUUCCAUCUGAACAACGCUUUGCAGAAGUCAGUCAGCAACCCAGGAGGACCCAACCUGAGGACCACGUAGGGCUUGGGGUGAGGGCUUGUUUAAAUCACGGCCCGACUGGACUGGUGCGGAGUGGAGUGCUUUGGGCUAGAUCGGCCAGAGAGGAUGGAAGAAGUGGAGGAGCACGCAGAACGAGGAGUUUUACUUUACACAAACUGACCUGACCAAGAGGUGAAAAGGAAAAAAAAAGGAAAUGAAAAGAAGACGGGAGAAAAUCAGGAAUGCGAUGUCGCCACCUCCACAGUUAGUGUGAUGCAUCUCACCCCCUGCUUCCAUCCACGUGUGUGAGAAGCUUUCACAAAUGCAGUCACACAAUCUCCCUUUCUGCUGCAUUUGACUGUGGGCUUGUCACAGCCAGCCAAAUGCUUGAGGAUAAAGGAAAAGACUCAUGAGUGCAAUGUUAAAAGGCCAAAGAGGUUUUGACAGGGUGUUGGAAUGGUGUUAAUAACUGUUUGUGUGUGAGGUAAUGUGUAUGGGCUCUAACAGCUUGGUCACACAUGUUGUAUUUUGUGCUCUAAAUUGAGUGAACAGCUCUGUACAUGGAAGGGUAUGGUGAAGAGGAGAGGAGAGGUCCAUGAUAUCAUUAAAAAUGUAGAAACUAAGAGUGUUGGUGAAUCAGCAGCUGAAGAGAUAUUUGGGCUCUUUGAACAAUGAUUAGUAAAAUAUGAGGAAAUUGUUUCUCAAACGAAGGGGAGAGGACAUGUUACAUCAGGUUUAUGGGGAGAAAUGUUGUGGCCAGCUUUUACAAAACCUCUUUUAGUCCACACAGCACCUCUUAUAGUUUGUUACUACAGCAAAAAAGUUGGAAAAGCUGUUUUUUGGUUGUCAGCAGCCUUCUUUUGCUAGAAGUGUAAAUAACUAACUUCUAGCUUUCAGCCUUUUAAGCACUAAAAAUGUUCUCAAGCUCUCAGAGCAGACAGCAACAGUGCACUUUUACCAUAAAAUUGAAAGUGGAAUCAAGUUCAUAAAGAAGUAACUGGUGGACACAGAAGGGAGCAUGGCUGGCCUCACAUUAGUGCUCAGUGUCAACAUCAAAGGAUGCACAAGAGGCUAUAUCAUUCUGAAAUCAAACAGUGGCAGCAGUUUGCAUCAUUAACCCUCACAAAGAUGGAUGCAGAUAGCUUUGAUGUCAGGUAAGAGCACAGCGAC